CUGUCUGGAUAUCAGGUCUCAUCUCUUCAUUUUCGUGGUCCCCAUCCUCUUAAUAGCGCUUUUGGGAGCACCAUAAUCCCGCGGCCCAGGCCGUAUCCUAUCAUUUAUCUCACUGUAUAUAUCCAUCACAAGCCCUCACGUGGCCCACUGCGGCAGAAUUCUUUCCCGAUUGAGGAACAUCUUUUUGACUGACCUAGGGCGUCAAUCAACCACACAUUUGCACAGAAUGACGAAAGAUUGGGAUCCUCUUCGCGAUGAAAUCAAGCAACUUUAUCAGGUAGAAGAUCGAAAGCUCAUCGAGGUGAUGCGCAUCAUCCAAGGCCGGCAUGGCUUCAAAGCUUCUGAAAGGUCGUACCGCACGCAAAUGCGGAAAUGGGGCUAUAUGAAGUACAGCACCGAAGAUUUUCCAAAACCGAAUCGAAACUCGCAUCCUUCAAGAAAGCGUCUGGGGUCAGCUUCGGCUGUCAAAGGGGUGAGAGCUGCUUCUGCUUUGCCUCUCGCUGCCGAUUCAUUCAACCCAAGGCGUCCAUCUGCUGGGAUGGCUCCAGGGCUCUUGCCGGGACCAGACGGCGCAAGCCCGUCAUAUAUGAAUGGCGCUCAUUCCUUGAACUUGGACAACCAUGUGUCUCGAUCUUUUCAAAACACCGCUGGAACAGACACAGAAUGGCCCACCUAUACUGUUUUUCAUCAGAGCACUAGUAAUCGAAGAACGGACCUUCACCUUGCAGUGUUAGGACAGGAUGAGCAACAAGUACAGCGAUUGCUAUUCGAUGGAUUUUGUGUCAAGGAUGAAGACAACGUCAGCAACCAGCCUCUGCACUACGCGAUGAACGGAACAUCAGAGAAUAUUGUCAGCCUUCUGAUAAAGUAUGGCGCAGAUGUCAACGCAAAGGGCCAGCUAGGACGCUCUCCGCUUCAUCUCGCUGUCUCUAAAGUGCAUUUCACUCGUCAUCUUCUGACUGCUGGCGCAGACGCUAACCUCCAAGACAAAAAUGGGGAUACCCCUGUCCAUCUUGCUGUACUAGACUUUGUGCAAAAAAAGGGAGGCUUCAGUACGCAACGGUCCUUGUCUGCACUCUACGCCAUGAUAGACGCGAAAUGCGACCUCAACUCGAGCAACUUAGCAGGGAUGACCCCCUUCCAUGGCUUACUCACUAAAGAUCCACCUCACAGUGGGGAAGGCGUCUCAGAAAGUCAGCUUCACUGUCUUUACAACGGAGCCAGUCCAACUCAACCUUAUCCUGAUGCGAGAACUCCUCUGCAGGUGCUUCUUUCAUAUGAUCUCCAGACUAGCCCGGUUACGAAAUGGGGACGAGCAAAAUGCGACGUCAUCAGGUUCUUAAUCGAGAAAGGAGCUGAUCCACAAACCAAGUUUCCCUCCGGAAAGACCUUAGUGUCGGAAUACUUUGAACGUACUAGAUGGGAAACAUAUGGUUACAAACCUGAUCAUGGACUAGGCAAGGCACUGUGCAAACAUGCUGACCUCAUGCCAUUGUCGGGCUCCGAUGGGAGGCUAAGGGAAUCGCUACUGCAUACACUGGCAAAAUUCAGUGUCAGUGGCCCCUUGUCUGGGACCUUCGACAUCGUUGCCCUCUUCAAGGCUGUUUUGCAAAGAGGGGCAGAUCCAAACCUACCAGACAAGGAGGGAAAGACGCCUUUGCUCCUAUUAUUCCCAACCAAGGGCAACGUGUCAGAGACUGUUUUGAGGGCCAGAGAACUCAUGAUGAAACAAGGAGGAAAUCCUUUCAUAGCAGACUCUUCUGGCAAGAGCCCUGUACGCGCAGCUUCAGAAGUUCGACAAACCCGACUAAGUGUUGACUACGUAUAUCAUCUUUUGAAGUCCACACUCGACUCAAAUGAGAUCUCAUCCGCUCCCAGGGAACGGGAAUCGUCUGCAAGGGAGUGUCGGUGGAACGACUGGGAUUCGGCAGCGAGCGCAAAUGACUGGGACCAAGCCAUGAAAAUCAUUAGAGACUCCCAGCCUACUAGUAUAUGCCGCGAUUCGGGGAUGGGCAACUUGAGGAAAGGGGCAUACACGGCUCUUGCAGAGCGGCACCUAAAAGCACUGGACACAACACUUCAGAGUCCUGAGGAGACUCUGCAACGGAGGAAGCGCAUCGCCCAAAUCCUCCAUGAUUGUCAGUCAUUAGACGUAAAGACGGACAUGCGGUAUUAUCACGAGCUAGUACGGCUUUCUCUCUAACGCAAUGUUCUAU